CGCAGAGUAAAGAAUCCGCUAUCCUUUGCAUCGCUUUGGAGUAACCAGGAUCAUCGAGAGGGUUCUGUAGUGGCAGGAUAGCUAUUCUCGUUGGAUUAAAUACAUCCAAUUCUUUUACAUUUUUAUUACACAUAAUACAUAGAUGUUUAUUUGGUGGCAGCAUAUAUUUCUCAUGUAGGGAUUUUGUCAUUGACACAUGCCGCUGUUGCAUUUCUGCACAGCUCAGCUCUCUGUGUGAGCCGUCGGUCUGUUAUUACAGUAUCUACAGUUUAUAGCCAGUAAUAAAACACAUCUUCCUUGACCCACCGAUCUGAUUUCUGGACUCUCAUCACUGCAUUCAAGAGAUGGACGAAGAAUAUCAAAUACCUGAGGAGCUCUCACUGGAAGAGAGGGAUGAGCUGUCAAACAUCCGGCGGAGGAAGAGAGAGCUGCUGGAUGAUAUUGAGCGCUUGAAGUUUGAGAUAGCUGAAGUCAUGACUGAGAUUGAGCAACUAACGUGUGUAGGAGAGAGCAAAAUGAUACAGAGGAACAAACAGAUUGCCAUGGGGAGGAAGAAAUUCAACAUGGAUCCUAAGAAGGGGAUCCAGUUUCUCCUGGAAAACAACCUUCUGCAGCACACCCCAGAAGACAUCUCUCAGUUCCUAUACAAGGGUGAGGGCCUGAACAAGACUGUCAUCGGAGAUUACUUAGGGGAGCGAGAUGAGUUUAACCUCGAUGUACUACAGGCGUUCGUAGAGCUUCAUGAGUUUGCUGACCUCAACCUCGUCCAGGCCUUAAGGCAGUUCCUGUGGAGUUUUCGUCUACCUGGUGAGGCUCAGAAAAUUGACCGGAUGAUGGAGGCGUUUGCCUCGCGGUACUGCGGCUGUAACCCUGGGGUGUUCCAGUCAACAGACACCUGUUAUGUGCUGUCGUUUGCCAUCAUUAUGUUGAACACCAGCCUGCACAACCCCAAUGUCAGAGACAAGCCCUCUGUAGAGAGAUUCAUCUCCAUGAACAGAGGUAUCAAUGAGGGAGGAGACCUGCCAGAGGAACUACUCAGGAAUUUAUUUGACAGCAUAAAAAAUGAGCCCUUCAAAAUCCCAGAGGACGAUGGCAACGAUCUGACACAUACAUUCUUCAACCCUGACAGAGAAGGAUGGCUACUGAAACUAGGUGGAAGAGUGAAGACCUGGAAGAGACGGUGGUUCAUUCUGACUGACAACUGCCUGUACUACUUUGAAUACACAACGGACAAGGAACCUCGUGGGAUCAUUCCUUUGGAGAACCUCAGUAUAAGAGAGGUGGAUGAGCCCAGGAAACCUAACUGUUUCGAGCUCUACAACCCCAACCACAAGGGUUUGUUGAUCAAGGCGUGUAAGACUGAGGCGGACGGCCGGGUCGUCGAGGGCAACCACACAGUGUACAGGAUAUCAGCGCCCACCACAGAGGAGAAGGAGGAGUGGAUCAAAUCCAUCAAAGCAAGCAUCAGCAGGGAUCCUUUCUAUGACAUGCUGGCAACCAGGAAGCGGAGAAUAGCCAAUAAGAAGUGAGGAGGAGUGCCUGGCCACAUCCUCCCCAUCAUCAGUGACACCAGCAUAGACCCCAGUCUGUCCAGGAGACCCUCUUUCACUCAGCCCAGGGACAGGACACAUGGCUGCACGGCCACAGCAGAGACCAGGGUAAGGGGAUCCAGAUGUCGUGGGGAAUUGACUUUGGAUGUUACACCUCUCCACUUCAUCAGCAUGGAUAAAGGACAAGAUGGGGAAGGGCACUUGAUAUUUUGGUCAUCAGUUUCUUUUCAGAUGUUGUAUGUGUGAAUACAAUUCACACAACUGUAAAUUCUAUGAAGUGUGAAUGUACAGUAUUGAGGACUAAAUGAGAAAUCGUAUGGUCUGUGCUUACCCAAUGUCCCCACACAGACUGAGCUUUCGUCAGCCAUAUAAGCAUGCUCAAAGAAACAUGUAUAUUGUUGCCCUCUAGUGGGUGAGUUGAGUAUGAUUUCAAUGUCAGAAGACCCUAAAUUUAUGAAUCAGCUGGUCUGAUUUUCCACCCCUGAAACGAUUGACACUAAUAAAAUAGGGAUGGGUUUUUAUUUUUUUCAAUUUUUGUUUAACAAUGAGAUGCCCAUGCCAGAUAUCUCUAUGGUGAAGGAUGCCAUUUUGUCUUAGAGCUAUAAUACAUUGUCAUGUUUGUGGGACAGUUAUCUAAAGCUAGUUUAUGUAUUGAUUCAAAGUCCACCGCUAUAAAUCUUUUUUUUUCUCUCCA